GUAGGCAGGUGAUUUACCACUUGAGCCACUCUGCCAGCUAAAAAGUUAUUUUUAAAGAAGUAGCCUGAGUAUUUUAAGAUGUCCUUUUUGUUACAUUAACUUUUGAAAACCAAUUCACUAGUGUGAAAAUGUUAAAGUUCUGUCACAGUAGAAUCUGCAACCUCUUUGUUUAGCCUUUUUAGAAUUUAUUAUAAUUAAAUGGUACUUAAUACUCAAUGUAAUAGAUAUCUCAGUUCACUUGUUAUUAAUGUUCUUUGAUUUAACUCAAGGGCAAGCAGAUCAAGGUAUUGCUAGAAAUUUUUGCCAGUUACCCCAUUUCCACCAUGUAACAUAAGUGACACGUUUUCUUUAUAAUAGUAUUGGGUACUUUCUAAUCACAUCUGUUUAUAAAAGUAGUUUCUCAGGUAUAGAACAGGAUUUUCAAUAAAAGCACGAAACAACUUUUUGGUGAUCUGUCCCUGAGAUAAGUUUGUGUUAACAUAUUAACAUUGUUUUACUUUGGACAUCUAUUCUGUUUUGUGUGUAUUUUCAUUGCACGGUAUAUGCUCCUUAUAGGCACCAGUUAGAAGACAGAUGAAAGCUAAGCAGCCUACUGCACAAUCUUAUGGUGUCACCAGUUCAACAGCAAGGCGAAUAUUGCAGUCUUUAGAGAAGAUGUCAAGCCCUCUAGCGGAUGUGAAAAGAAUUCCAUCUGCUGUUUCUUCUCCUCUUAAUUCUCCCCUUGAUAGAAGUGGGAGAGAUACCACAACUUUUCAGGCCAAAUCAGAAAAGGUGGACUCUCAGUAUCCUCCUGUUCAGAGACUUAUGACCCCAAAGCCAGUUUCCAUAGCAACAAACAGAACUGUCUAUUUUAAACCAUCUUUGACCCCAUCUGGUGAAUUAAGGAAAACUAAUCAAAGAAUAGAAAAAAAGCACAAUACUAUAUAUGAAAAAAAUGUGACACCAAGACAAAAUAGAGAACAAGAAAGUGGCUUUUCAUACCCAAAUUUCAGUAUUCCUGCAGCCAAUGGUUUAUCUUCUGGAGUAGGUGGUGGAGGUGGCAAGAUGAGACGGGAGAGAACACGCUCUGUUGCUUCUAAACCCCCAGAGGAGGAGGAAAUAGAAGUUCCAGUAUUACCGAAAAUCUCUCUGCCAAUCACCAGUUCUUCACUGCCAACCUUUAAUUUUAGUUCUCCUGUGAUCACAACUUCCUCUCUCUCACCCACCAGUCCGUCUCAAUCAUUAGCAAACAAGGUACAAAUGAGUUCUCCAAGCAGCACUGGCAGUCCUAUGUUUAGAUUUUCAUCUCCGAUUGUAAAGUCUACUGAGGCGGAUAUACUACCUCCAUCAUCUAUUGGAUUUACAUUUAGUGUGCCUGUUGCAAAAACAGAACUUUCUGGUUCUAGGACAACUUCAGAACCAAUUAUAAGUAAUUCAGCUCAAGAUAACACUGCAGUGAACAGGACAAGCUGUAAGAAGCGAGAAGAAGCAUAUGAGAGCCCUUUCAGAUCUGCAAAAAUCCAGAAAGAAGGAAGUGUUCUAGAUAUUCUGAAAAACCCUGAUUUCUUACCACCAAAGGUAGAUUCUUUUGCUACUCAGCCUACUUCUACAAGCCCAGUAGCUUAUACAAGACCAGCAAUAAGUACCUUUUCUUCUAGUGGAAUCGGGUUUGGGGAAAGUUUAAAAGCUGGAUCAUCUUGGCAAUGUGACACAUGUCUGCUCCAGAACAAACUUACAGACAACAAGUGUAUAGCCUGUCAAGCAGCAAAAUUGCCACCAAGAGAAACUGAAAAAGAGAUUGGAGUUGGGACACCAAGCAAAAGUGGCAAAGCAACUCCUUCUGCGUCAGGGACAGGCUUUGGAGACAAAUUUAAACCAGCAGUAGGAACUUGGGAUUGUGAUACCUGUUUAGUGCAAAAUAAACCUGAAGCGAUAAAAUGUGUAGCCUGUGAAACACCAAAACCUGGAACAGGUGUGAAGCGAGCCCUUACGUUGGCAGCGGUUUCAGAAAGUCCUGUGACUAUGACUGCUUCAUCUUCUAGCUGCACUGUGACCACUGGUACCUUAGGAUUUGGAGAUAAAUUCAAAAGGCCUGUGGGAUCUUGGGAGUGUCCAGUAUGCUGUGUUUCUAAUAAUACAGAAGCCAACAAAUGUGUGUCCUGUAUGUCUGAGAAACCAGGAAGUUCCGUUCCUGCUUUAAGUAGCAGCACUGUGCCUGCCUCUCUGUCUUCUGGAGUCUGUCUAGGAUUGGAGAAGUUCAAGAAACCUGAGGGAAGCUGGGACUGUGAAGUGUGUCUAGUGCAGAAUAAAGCAGACUCUACCAAAUGUGUAGCAUGUGAAAGUGCAAAGCCAGGUGCAAAAUCUGAGUUGAAAGGCUUUGGCACAUCUUCUCCAUCUUCAAACCCAGCAGCCUCAUCCUUCAAAUUUGGUAUUCCUUCAUCCUCUUCUGGACUUUCUCAGACCUUAACAAGCACUGGAAAUUUUAAAUUUGGAGAUCAGGGAGGAUUCAAAAUAGGUGUUUCAUCGGACUCUGGGUCUAUAAACUCCAUGAGUGAAAGCUUUAAACUUUCUAAACCAACUGGAGAUUUUAAAUUUGGAAUUUCAUCUGAUUUCAAAUCUGAAGCAAUUAAAAAAGACAGUAACAAUGAUAAUUUUAAAUUUGGACUUUCUUCUGGCAUAAGCAACCCAGGUUCUUUAGCUCCAUUUCAGUUUGGGGUAUCUAAUCUUGGGCAGCAAGAAAAGAAAGAGGAACUACCUAAAUCUUCACCUGCAGGCUUUACCUUUGGUACAGGUGUUAGUAACCCUACCCCUGCAGCCACUGGCACCACAGCGACCUCUGAGAACAAGAGCAGCUUCACCUUUGGAACCAUAGAAACUAAGAGUGUCUCAGUGACUCCUUUCACAUGUAAAACAACAGAAACAAAAAAGGGUGAAACGCCUGCCACCAAGGGAGGGUUCACUUUUGGCAGUAUGGAAUCUGCUUCACUGUUUGUUUUGGGAAGGACAGAAGAGAAGCAGCAAGAACCUGUCACUUCUACUUCUCUAGUAUUUGGGAAGAAAGCCGACAACGGGGAGCCAAAGUGUCAACCAGUGUUUUCCUUUGGGAAUUCAGAGCAAACCAAAGAUGAGAGUUUUUCAAAGUCAACAUUUAGUUUCAGUAUGACAAAACCAUCUGAGAAGGAAUCUGAACAGCCAGCAAAGGCCAAUUUUGCUUUUGGAGCUCAAACUAGUACUACAGCUGAUCAAGGCACAACAAAACCAGUUUUUAGUUUCUUGAACAACAGUUCCUCUAGUUCAAGUACACCAGCCACUUCGGCUGGUGGUGGCAUAUUUGGUAGUUCCACCUCUUCCUCCAACCCACCUGUGGCUGCCUUUGUGUUUGGACAGGCCAGCAAUCCUGUGAGCAGCUCUGCCUUUGGUAACUCUGCUGAAUCCAGUACAUCUCAGUCUUUGCUAUUUUCUCAGGAUAGCAAACCAGCAACCACAACCGGCACAGGUUCAGCUGUCACCCCGUUUGUCUUUGGACCAGGAGCCAGCAGUAAUAGUACUGCAACCUCUGGUUUCAGCUUUGGAGUUACAACCACAUCUAGCUCUACAGGAUCCUCCUUUGUAUUUGGCACUGGACCUUCAGCACCAUCUGCCAGUCCAGCAUUUGGUGCUAACCAGACCCCAACGUUUGGACAAAGUCAGGAUACCAGCCAGCCUAAUCCUCCAAGCUUUGGAUCUAUAUCAUCUUCAACAGCAUUAUUUUCUGCUGGUUCUCAGCCUGCACCACCUACUUUUGGAACAGUGUCAAGCAGUAGCCAACCUCCUGUGUUUGGACAACAGCCCAGUCAGUCUGCAUUUGGCUCUGGAACGGCUCCUAAUUCUGGUUCAGUUUUCCAAUUUGGCAGCAGCUCUACAAAUUUCAACUUCACAAAUAAUAAUCCUUCAGGAGUAUUCACAUUUGGUGCAAAUUCUGGCACCCCUGGAGCCUCAGCCCAGCCUUCAGGCCCAGGGGGCUUUCCAUUUAACCAGUCUUCAGCAGCAUUUACAGUGGGGUCAAAUGGGAAAAAUAUGUUCUCCUCUUCUGGAACUUCACUUUCUGGUCGCAAGAUAAAGACUGCUGUUAGACGCAGGAAAUAAAAGUCACAAAGGUGUUAUACCCAACAGUCAUAACAACAGCUGGUGCCCUGCUUUCAGAUACUGGAUUGUGCUACAUACUGGGCUUAUCUGAAGUCAGAUCUGCCUAAGGAUUUCUUUAAUUUUGGAAUGGUCCUCCUCUCCUUAUGGAAGUCCCUUUCCCAUCUGUCCCAUUCCCUUUUUUGAAAAUAAUAGCUAGACUGGUGACUGAUUCUUCAGCAAAAAUAUUUUAUGAUCCAGCACAUUAUUCACUGAUUUGGCAUAGUCUGGCUGUAACCAGGAAUAGAGCCUGCACGGUGAAUGGCUUUGUAUAGAACUUCUUUGUCUGCACCACUAUGUGCGUUAAUAAGCGUUUAUGGAACGCGUUGAAAUUGUAAUUAUAUCUGAGGAAUUCUGUAUAGAUUAGAAUUCUGUAUAGAUUAGAGGACAUUGAAAUGAAUGAUUUCUAUGCCGAGUUGUUUGUGCUGGUGUAUGUGUGAAGUGAGUGAGUUGGGUGUAUUGUGCACAAGUUUUUCUGAUAGAGAAAGCCUGAUUAAAGAGUGGUCCAUACUAAGGACCUGUUAGAUCUAGUUCAUUCUCCAUUUAAUAAUUAUAUGCUAUUUCUAUAUUUUCAUUCUUCUAUCACCUGUCUUGCCUUUUUCAUUAUUUUAUUAUGAAACAUCUGUAAAUACAAUUUUGUUUUCUGUACUUUUUUGGCAUAACAUAAAUCUGUGAACUUGAAAUUUUAAUUUUGUGUUAGACAUUUUUUUGUUUAGUCUUGUCUCAGAUUUUAUUAUGUAAAUCCCAUUAUUCAAAGUUGCCUAAAUCCAUUUGGAAAUCUUUAAAAAAAAUUGGGGAUUCUUAAAGUUGAAUUUAUUGGCUUUUCUGAUCCAGUUUUGUUUGGACCAAAAACCAGUAUUGUACAAAGUAUUAAGCAUAUAUUUUUAUAUUUACUAAAAUGGACUGUGGUGACUUUGGAUAAUAAGGAGAAGUUUAAUAUUAAAGCCAUGUUUAUUACAGUAUAAUUAACAUGUUAAAACCAUGGGAUAAAUGCCAUCAAUAAAAAUUUAUGA